CAUUUUAAUAUUACAAAUAAAUUAGUAUAUUUUUCGAAUUUUGGAGAUUUUUUAUGUAUUCAAAUAUAUUCACGCAUAUACACGUACACGCUAGACGAAAAGGAAGUAACGGUAGGUAAUGGUCGGAGUUCGUAAAAAUUCCAAGCGCUUUCACGAUUCGUGCGUUCUCCGAAAAAAAGGAGGCACGUCCGGGAAUCUUGCGAGAGUGCUCGAUGAUUCCGUCUCAACUGGUACACGCGAUCGUACAGUCAAAACGACGAGAGGGGGAGAGUGAUGGAAGGGGCAAGCGUGCUUACACAUAAAUGUCAUUUUAAAUACUUUCGCAACGCGGUGGCGACUUUUAAUUUUUUGGUAGCCGCGUCGCGACGAUGACGAUGCGGCUCGUGUCGUUUUCAGCGUUUAAAAUCUCGGCAUUGUCGUAAACCUUCGCCGUGGCUUUUCUGCCGCGGCCGCGUCCGGAAGAGCGGGAACCGCGAAACAAGACGGGUCCGAUCUCCAAUGCUCGACCACCCGUGUGUCUUACUCGUAAUUCCGCGAAGUGCGCCUAGUCUUGGAAAAAGCCGACGUUAAUUGGUGACUGGGAGUCCUUUCCCUCGAAUUAAGUACGUGCCGUACUACCUCAGGUCGAACGUCAACGGGGAAAAAUUGUGCCACGCGUAAACGCGUCCAAAAGAACGGUGUGUUGCAUUACUACUUUUAAAGUAAACGCCGUAAUCGUCAUCGUCAUCGCCAUCCUCCUGGCGACAUACCACCACGUCGUGGACGGAAUUCCGCGAACCGCGAGUAUCUUUUCUUUCCGCUAUGGGUGGGCAUUACAUUGAGGUGUGACGUCAAUACCCGAGGUGGAGAUAGCGAUAUUAAUGUCAUCUUUAAGGGAAUAGCCGACGGUAGCGGUAGUGGCAAUUGUCGCAAUGACGAUGACGAUGACGACAAUGAAGACGACGGCGACGGCGGCGAUGGUCCAUCGAGAGGGAACAAAUCGCUCGUGACGUUAAAGAGGAGGGCGAGCAUCGUCGAAGAAGAGGGAGUCGCCACUCCGCGUGUAAGCGAAGAGAGACUCUUCUUGGACGCCCCGACACCGGCCGACUCAGGGGGCUGCAUAAAGUGGUCGGACAAAAGAGAGGGGGGAAUUAGUCACAUCUUCGUGUAUGCCGGCACGCGUAAGUCCCCGUUAAAGUGGGGCAACACCCACGUGGAGGCAGGAUAAAAAAUCCUUCGGGGAUCAGAGAAUACUCAGUUUUGAACAAACCAUUAAGCGAGACGAUCGAGCCGAGACGCAAGAGAGAUCGCACUGCCUCGUUCCACGAUCUCGUCCAAGUCCCGACCGACGAGUUCACGCGAGUGAUCCGCCUUAGGAAUCCGCCGGGAAUCUCCAGGAAACCGGCGAGACUCUCCGUCUACAUCUUGCGCUGGUCAGUGCCGCACGUUUUACUUCGAUUGGCGAAUCAUCACAGAGAAUCGCGCGGCAUUUAGGCCGAAAAACAGUUAGAUUGUCGAAAAUAUUUUCGACUUGCGUCACGUGUUCGAAGAAUCCGUCAAACGAUCGGCCGAACCUGAAAGUGUCUCGCUGAUAUCGACUUUGUCAAUUUUGCCGAAUUUCAAAGGUAGCUCGGUAGACCCUGGAGGAAACCCUGGAAGAUAAUCCACUUUCCGUGGUAAAAUUCACCUUAUUAAACCGCAGUUAUCACUCGAUCUGUUAUCAUAUUCUCACAACUCGUCACAACCGCGCGUAAACGAUUGACAAAAAUUAUUCAGAAAGCAUUCCGAACAGGAUAAUUUAAUAAAGCGGUUGCAACGGUUGGACUACUGGGAAAAAAAAUAAUUAUUUGUCAACAGAUCGGGUUCGAUUCCUGAUCCUCUGUCACCUCACGUACAUACAUAUUUAAGUGAAAAAAUAUUAUUCUACUGUGAAAAAAUAUUAUCCACUGUGAUGAAAACGUGAUAGAAACAAAAGCAAAAAGGAAAAUAUAAAAAAUAUUUCAAGCGUAGUGCGUUGAAAAAAAAGAAAAGGUAUAUAUACGUGACGAAAAGCAAGUUCCGGGGGCAGAUAAGGUCCGUCCCGUUAGGGAUCCCAGGAGAAAGAAGAAGAAGAAUAAAGAAGCGAUAAUUAUAUCGAUAAAGAUUGCCGACCUCUCUUGCGGGGGUCCUUUCGCGUAAAUUUGACAUAAUGGCGAUAUUUAACAUCGUGCUUUGCAUACCCGUUCUCGUCGCCUGUGUCAUCGUCAGCACGCCAGCCAUUCAAGGACGGAGUCUGAGGCGACGACACGGGCAUCAUUCUCAUUCGGACUACUACAAUCUCGAGGAAUCGCUGCCGCGCGAUCUGUCGGGACGUCUCGAGGAUGAUCUGGAAUACUACCGCGAUUAUUACGGACAGACGAAAAAGCGCAAGUAUCCCGAGGUACUGGACAGCACCUCGGAAUUCGAGAACUCGGAGGAGCGGGUACCGCCGUUUCUCCCUCGAUACGAGCGCGAGUACGAGUCGAGGGAUCGCGAGUCCUCGCAACGAAAGUGGGAGGACCACCCCCUGCUCGUGGACGACGACUUUGACGCGUUCCCGCGAAUUGUCGCCAGGAGGAAACGCCACUACAAGCACGGCAGGUAUCAGGACAAGGAGCAGAAUCGCCAUUACUUCGAGAUGGAGGUGAAGGUCGCGCAGAAUCGCUCGAUCUGCAACUACACCGUGGAGUCGAUACCGGACCACUCCGGCUCCCGGAUACCGAGGGAUCUGGAGCACGUCAAGUGCAACCACCUCGGCAGCAGCUGCCAGGGCGCCGGCACCUACUGCUGCAUACAGACGUACAGGAAUAUCGAGGUGUCCUACGGCAACGGUCACAACGAGACGAUGAAGCUGUACGUGGGCUGCGUGUGCGCCUUUCAGGGUGCACACCACUCGGAUAAUGUGCAAUCGUUGACGCAGUCGCCGCUGCCUAUUAACGAUUGACACCCGAGAGCCCGGAGAAUUCGGGAAGCAGGAGGGAGCGGUGGGCGGCAGUGACGAUCCAGUUUGGUAACGACAAUUUUUUCGUCUCGGUGACGGUCGAUCAUCGGCGAUGAUUCUCUUCUUCCGUACCGGCUCGAAUCGAGCGAGACGGAGGAGACGCCGAUUGAAACCAAGCGGGGGACGCGCAACUGUUGUUGUUGCCCGCUGACGUGACGUUGCAAUCGACAAUCCGUGGACGUCUUUCUUUACUUUUUUUUUUUUCCUUUUUGCGUAGAACUCGUUUGAAGAUUGCGUCUAGUGACGCGCGAAUACCGGGAAUUUAACAGAUUUACUCAAACGUUUGACGUUAGAACGACGAGAAGGAUUUACUGGACUGCGGGGAAAGCGGCGGAAGGAGGUUGCAAAGGAUCGAAAUCGCGACGCGCGCGUACGAGACGAUCUCUCGUCAACUUCUUAUUUUACCACCUUCGUUCUGAUACUACUACUCGUAGUUUGACUAUAUAUAUAUAUAUAU